UAGCUUAUUCUAUAUUUUUUCCCUUAAUUUCAGAAACAAAGAAAAAAGGUAAAAGAGGGAAAAUUAUAUUUUGUUCUUUCUCUGUACUCCAAUUGUAACCAAUGUCAGCAGACUCUGUAAUUGCGCUUCAGAAGCAAGAUUUCGGGAAACUCGAGCAUGGAUGCGAUCACUAUAAGAGACGGUGUAAAAUCCUUGCUCCUUGCUGUAAUAAGAUUUUCCCUUGCCGCCAUUGCCACAACGAAACCUCUAACUCACUUAGCAACCCAAAAGAUCAUCACGACCUUGUCAGGCAGGAUGUCAAGCAAGUUAUUUGUUCAAUUUGCAAUACCCAACAGGAGGUUGCUGAAGUUUGUGCCCAUUGUGGGGUGACUAUGGGAGAAUAUUUCUGCAAUAUAUGCAAAUUCUAUGAUGAUGAUACAUCAAAGGGACAGUUCCAUUGUAACGAUUGUGGAAUUUGUAGGGUUGGUGGUCGUGACAACUUCUUUCACUGUGAGAAAUGUGGUUCUUGUUAUAUGGUGGAUCUGCGUGACAAUCACCAUUGUGUAGAGAACUCCAUGAAGGCACACUGCCCCAUAUGUUAUGAGUAUCUUUUUGACUCAGUUAAAAGCAUACGCAUUAUGGAGUGUGGACAUACUACAUAGGGACUGCUUUUCCUCAGAUGCUAUGCAAAAUCAGUAUCGAUGUCCCAUCUGUAGCAAGGCAGUACUUGAUAUGACUUCUUUUUGGGAAUAUCUGGAUAUGGAUAUUGGUGCUACUCAAAUGCCUGUGGAGUAUCAGUUGAGGUUUCGAUCCUUUGCAAUGACUGCAACAGUACAAGCACAGUCCAGUUUCACAUUCUUGGUCUCAAGUGCAGGCAAUGCAAUUCUUAUAACACCCGCCGGAUUGCAACGCCGGCCAAUGACUGAGAUACAUACUGAAGUUGUAAUAGAUUCGUGAUGCAUAUUCGACACUCUUUUAUGCAAAACCCUCUUACCAUUAUCAAACUUCUUUGUUCAGUUGUAUGUAUGUAUCUGCUUUCAUUGUUUAUUUCGGCUACUUUUGAUGUAGGAUCAGUUUGAUAUAAUUUUUAAGUCAAUUAAAUACCAAUAUUUACUCCA